AUGUUGCUUGCCAAAAAUGAUGUCGACGUCAACGCCCAGGCCCACAUUAGGUUUCAUCCCAAAACAUAUCAUCCUAGAGAAGAGUACGGACACUAUUGGAAGACUACACCUUUGCUUGUAGCAGCAGCCGAAGAGUACGAGAAUAUCGUCAUGCUCCUGCUUCUUUCUCGGAGGGCCAUGGUUGACGCCAAAGACGAGAAUGGCCGGACGCCGCUGAUGUGGGCCACCUAUAGGUGCAACACAACCAUAUUCAAGAUACUCAUUGAGUAUGGCGCUGAUAUUAAUGCAAAGGAUAAUGCUGGUUGCACACCCCUUUUUGAUGCAAUCGGGAAGGGGAGCAUAGAGAUGGUGAAGCUACUACUGGAGAACAGAGCUGACAUUUACGUGAAGAAUAACUCCGGGUGCACACCAGUCGUCUAUGCUACCAGGUUGUGGAACUGGGCUAUAGUCGGGCUGCUACUCGAUCAUGCGGCAAAUGAGGACCUGAUGAACAAUUACGGUUGCACUCCAAUCUCAUGUACUCUCAGAGAGGAUGAUGAGGACAUGGUCGAUCUGGUGCUUCAGUAG